AUGCUUAUCAUUUGGGACCAAACGCAUUUUUCAAGAGACUUAAAGGAACAAGACCAGAUUUUGAGGGGUGUUCUACCGAACGACCAGAGUCUGUUUUGCCACAAGACUACACUUGCAGAGGAUAAGCACAUAUUCAUCGAUCCCACUCGAAUCUCUGAACAGGAUUCUGAUGUUCCAGGAGAGGAACCCCACGAAGAUUCAAUCUCUAUAGUACGUGGUGCUCAAGGAUAUCAUCGUUUGCCCUUGGCAGACAUUACUCAUCAUAUAGUAUCAAUCGAUUUAGUAGCCUUGCCAACUUACGGAGACUCAAUUGUAUCUUUUCCUUCAGUCUCUUCAUUUAGAGUCUUUGAAGACUUAUGUGAGGCGCAGUUGUGGGAGGCAAGAGGCAAAGAUUCAGGAACUACGCUGGGCGUUAGCAAAUUCGCAGGUAAAUCCACAAGUGUCGAUGUAAUUGAUUUGAGUAACGACUCAGAAGACGAAAUAAGUAAGCAGUCAUCAAUUUCUUCGGAAAGCAUUCAAUCAAGCCCGUCGGGAGGUUUUCAAGAUCGGCCAUUAGCAUCUUACCAAAUCACCAGUUCUUGCAAUGCUGGGUUUGUCCCAGCUGUCUUGCAUCUGGCUGAUAAAUCAGAUCAAAGUUCACCGGGCAGCAAGCUGGAAUGCCGAGAAAGAAAGCGCAUUAUUGUGUCGUCAACUCGAAGGCCUCUCCAUGUUAAAAGGUCGAUGCGAAUAUGGUUAGAAUUAACCAAUCGCCUGCUCGAUCCCUUCAGAGAAGACAGCGAUUGCUGGUUUCACCCUGCUCCACCGCCUCCCCGCAUAACUCCCAUCGGUACGUGGCGUGCUUGCGGCAAUAUACAGAAAACUUUCAGCUGGCAAGAUCACAAUGGUAAACACAGUCUUGUCUUGAACUUUGGUAUAGUCUCCAAAAUCCUCUUUCACACAAUGACAAAACGGCAGAAAGAUGGAUUCAUCAACAAGAAAUGGCAUCUCAGCCAUCUUUGUGGGAAUUGGACAUGUUUGAAUCCUAACCAUACCACUGUUGAACCUGGGAAUGUUAACAUUAGCCGAAACCGUUGCUUUUCCCACAGAGGCGGCUGCUCACAUGAGCCAAAAUGUAUGAAGGAGAAAAAAGCCAAUUUAAGUACCGAAGGUAUCCCCAUUUAUCAUAAUGAUGAGAUCAUGCAAGGUGCCGAUGCCAAUUCUAGUAGUGGAGAAGGUCAGGGCUGGUCCAUGCAAAGUUUUGAUUUUGACCACAGUUCAUUGAGCACAAAAGAAUGCUCAUCAAUUAGUUUCAAAAGAGAUUCAUGA